AAGCUUCUGUCUUCUCAACACUCCAUGACUUUGCCUUUGCAAUCUGACUUAAUUCUUUCUUCAAUUUCUGGUGAAUACUUUGCACAAUUUUCUGAUUUUCCACCCAAACUUUAGAAUCUUCCGCCAUCUUGGAAUUUUCCCGCUUUUUGAGAUGCGCAUGUGCAAUGUUUUCCAGCCCUCAGUGCAUUGUGGGAAUGAUUCAAAAUGGCGACGGGUUCAUUAGCCUUUAUUGCUGAUUACGACGAUGAUGAUACAGAGCCAGACGAUGAAACAAAUGCUGAUUGGAAUAUUAAAGGAACACAUCUUAGAGGAAGGUUUACCAUCUCACAGGAUGGCCAGUGUCCAAGAUGUGGAACAAGCAAUGUUGUAUUUGUAGUACUUGAUGAGUUAUUUCCAAUGGGUGACAUGCCUGAUAUAUUGGUAACACUUAUAGCAAAGGGCAAAGCUGUGUUAUGGUCCAGUCAAAGCAAGAAAGGUUGUAAGGCCCCUCCCACUUUUUUAUGUCGAGGUUUUUGUCCACCUGACCCUCUUGGAGCAGGGUUCAAUGUGAAUUGGGGCAAUGUGUCUUUGCAAGAUCUCUUUUUUUCCUCAAAACAGGAUGACAAAACAGUUGGAUCUACUGACCAGCAAGGAGAAUCCAAUGAGGAUGAUGAGAACAGCAGCGAAGAAGAUGAUGAGUUAGAUGAAGAAGAACUUAUAAAACAAAUGCUUGAAAAAGAGGCUCAAAAAAUACAAGAACAUGAAGAAGAUGCUGAAGACAAACCACAUGAUGAAAACGACACCAAUGAUAGCAAACAACAAAGCACUAAAUCUCAGGAAAUUCCCGAUCACCUAAGAACAACACAUACUGUUUACUCUACUGCUGCUUAUACUGGCCAUGAAAGAUCAACGUCAAGUACAUCAGUACAUCCUGUCGCUGAAACACAUGAGAAGAGUUCUCUUUAUCCUGUAUCCAGUGAUGGUUUCUGUCCCCAUUGCUAUUCAAGAAAUGUUAAAUACAUUAUUGUUUUUGAUGAAGGCAUGAAAGACAAUGAGCUACCUUAUACACUUCGCGAACUUCUUAAACGAGAUCAAGCUUUCAAGAUGGCAAAAGGACCCAAUGAACCACCUUCAUUUCAAUGUCAGGUUUGCCAUUAUGGGUUCAAUCUAGACUGGUCAACCACUAACCUUGAACUCAUCUUUGGCAUUGCUAAAGGAGGCGCUACCUUGCAACCUGAGGCAAAUACACCAAGACUACCUCCUCCUUCAGUUCCACCAAGGCAUCCACCCCCCUUUCCACCACCUGGUGUACGUCCUCCUGGAAUGGGGAUGCCUCCUCCUCAGAUCCCACCCCCUAGGCCACCUCCACCUGUUGUCAUCAGACCACCACCUCGAGCUGCAAUGAUUCCACCAAGAGUGCCACCACCAGGAAUACCACCAACAGCAGGUAUGCCACCACCAAGAAUUCCACCACCAGGCACACCACCCUCACCAGGAAUGCCACCAACAGCAGGUAUGCCACCACCAAGAAUUCCACCACCAGGCACACCACCCUCACCAGGAAUGCCACCAACAGCAGGUAUGCCACCACCUAGGGUGCCACCUCCAAGAAUGCCUCCUCCAGGAAUGGUUCCUCCUGAAAUGCCGCCACCAAGGAUCCCACCUCCAGGCAUCCCACCAACCAGGGUGCCACUACAUGGUUCAUAUCCCCCUGUACCUUAUGCAACUCCACACAGAGUUCCACCACCAAUGUAUGGUCCACCAAGAGUACCUCCACCUAGGGUACCAUAUCACAGAUAUCCACCGCCUGGACCUGUACCACCAUAUGGAGGGGUACCUCCACCAAGGUACCCGCCACCUCCUGGUUACCAACCUUACCACAGACCCCCUGGUCCUCCUAUGUAUCCCAGGUACCCAGCAUAUGGUUACCCUCACUACCCACCAGCUAUGCCACCACAGCCAUAUGGACAACACCACUACCCCCACCAUCCACAUCCACCCCCCUACCCUCCAUAUGCUGAACACUACCCUCCAACAUCAGUACCAGCACCACCAGGAACACAGCCAACAAGACCUUAUAAACCACCAACAUAUGAACAACCUACUGAAUCAUCUGUCACAACAUCCACUGUGACAACACCCACGACUUCUGAUGACACACCAGGUACUAAUGAGACUUCCUACGUGGAUGAAGAACAGUCAUUACAGGACAAGCAAAAACUGGAUGAAUUGCUCAAUCAGAUUGAUAGAAAUCGAGGUGUUACUGCUGAUCAGGACGAGGACAUGAGUGGUGAGGAACCCAAUUUAUUCAGCGAGGAGCAGGCUGAAGUGGAGUGUGAUGAUCAACCACCAGGCGAUGACGUCAUGCACCUUGAAGGUCUCGAACAACCAGAGCCAUACCAAGAAAACGUUUCCGCUAAAGACUCGGCUGCUAUUCACGAGGAGAGUGAUCCUAACGAAAGUCAAGUUGUGAAAGCUAAUCAGAGUGUAACAGACUCUGCUGAACAAAAUACAAGUAAAAACGAAGAAAAUGACAUUUUCAAAGCUGACAAAGUUGCUACUAGUGAAACUGACGGGUCUAACAGUGGUGUUGAUGUUGAGAGUGCUGUAACACCCAAGACAAGAAGAGGUCGUAAGCGAAAGGCUGCACCGUUAAAGACACAAGAAGGCAGUCAAGAUAAUGAUGAAGAAACAAAACAUCACAAGGUCGAUAGUUCAUUAGACGAUAGUCAAGACGAACCUACCCUUGAGGUGGACAUCAAAACAACGGUGAAGCGUGGAAGACGAGGACGAAAACCAAGAGGAGGUAAAGCUGCGGUAUCUACAAGGAAAGAUGCCGUGGUAGAAUCACCAUCUUGUGAAGUAACCAUGUCAUCUCCAACAAACGAAACAUUACAAGAUGAAAACAUGACAAGUCCUGACGUGUCAACUGAGCAAUAUGAUUCCGCAGCAGAUUCAAGUUCUGGACAUAAGUUAUUGAUUGACAAUGAUAAGAAUUCAACCAUUACUAAAGAAGAGCAGGAUCAACAGGAUGUGGAAACAAACCCAGAUAAAACCAUGGACCUUGCUGAAGAACCAGAGCAACCAUUGAAAAGAAAGCCAAGAGGUCGAUCUCGGAGGUCGUCUGACAAAGACGUACAAUUGACUAUUGAUGCUGAAAAGUCGCAUCCAGAAGAUAAAAUGGAGCAAGAUUCGAUUGGAAAGACGGAAUUGCCUGAGGAAGAGCCUUCAAUGAAUGCUGCCCAGCAAUCUGGAAAUGAGACAGAAAGCGGAAUUGACUCGUCAAAGCAAGAAACUAAACCAGGUAGAAAACGAAGGGGUCGACCCUCGCUGAAAGGCAAAACGGACGACCAGCAAUUGGAACCACAAACAUCACAGCCAUCAAAUGAAGAUACAGAUACGGUUAAUACUGUGAAACGAGGUGGAAGAACACAGAAAGGAGUAACUGGUAACGCUACUUCACCUAAUGAUAAUCAGACGUCUGAAGGUGAAAUAAAAAGCAAUGAACAAACAGAAACACAUACUACUCGAAAACGAAGAGGAAGAUCGCAGGAAGCAUUGGAUGAGAAACCAGCUACUGACACCGAGCUGAAAGAAGACGACACAGUUGAGGAAUCUAAUGAUACAGCUGAUACUGUAAAAAGAAAAGGACGAUCAGCACAGAGAGGAAAUACUAACAAAGCAAGUAAAACUACUGACGAACACUUGUCUGAAGGCGAAUCAGAAGCAAUGGAGUCAUCUAGGGAACCUAUUAGUACUGGAAAACGAAAAGGACGUCAAAAGAAGGUAUUGAUGAGUCCAACUAGUGACGAACCAAAGAUAAUAACGACAACAGAUGAAGAUGAAAUCACUGAACAAUCGUCUAGAUCGACGAGAGGAACAGUGAAAAACCAAACAAAACCAACUACAGCUGGUAAAAGGAUAACUAGAGGUAGAAAGAUAUCGGAUGUCGAUAACGAAGAAGAACCAACAAAUAUCGGUGAGGAAAGCUCAGAUAAUAAUGUAAAACGUACCAGACGAUCAUUGUCCAACCCUAGCGAUGCCAGUCCUUUAGCAAACUCUGAACUCUCAUCAGAAACUGAAUCAAAUAAAACACCAAAAGCUGCAUCUCGUGGACGAUCUUUACGUAAACGUAACUAGACGCUACGGAAAAACAGUUAAUUACGUACGUAAUCUACAGUUUAUGGUGAACUUCUUCCAAACAUUUAGUUAAACAAGUAAUGGAAAAUUGCAACACAAGGGCUGUCACUACGUGAACGUUAGACCCUAGUCGGUCGUAUGUACAUAUCUUUUAUCUGGUGGUUAAUUUUCGUGAAUUGUUAUUGUUAAGCUAAAUGACACUUUUAUUAAGAGAAGAUAAUUCCAUUGUUUAUGUUGUGUACCUUUUGUAAAUUAAAUCAAUUUGUACAAUUUA